UUUCAAUCCAAGCCAAAAGCUUUAGUUUUCAAGUUCAAAGUCAACCCAAACACCAACUCAGUCAACCAUGAUGGACGCAGAGAGCGAGAUGGAUCACGUUGUACCCUCGAUGGGCGCCGCCUUUGACGAUGAAGACGAAGCUUUCUUCCAAGAUGUCGACGAGCUUCAAAAGCACGGCAUUAAUGCGGCUGAUAUCGCAAAGCUGAAGACGGCAGGCAUCUGCACCAUCAAGGGCGUUCAAAUGGCCACGAAAAAGACCCUUUGCAAUAUCAAAGGCAUCUCCGAGGCCAAGAUGGACAAGAUGAAGGAGGCUGUUGCCAAGAUGGGUGACGCUGGCUUCAUGACUGCGAUGGAGUACUCUGUCAAGCGCCAAAUGGUCUUCCGCAUCAGCACUGGCAGUGCCGAACUCAGCAAGCUGCUCGGCGGCGGAAUCGAGAGCAUGGCCAUCACUGAGAUUUUCGGCGAAUUUCGCACGGGAAAGACCCAGAUCUGCCACACGCUCUGCGUUACGACACAGCUCCCAGUUGAGGUCGGCGGUGCCUGUGGCAAAGUGGCGUUCAUUGACACUGAGGGCACAUUCCGUCCCGAUCGUCUGGGUCCGAUUGCCGAUCGCUUCGGCCUGGAUCGCAACGCCGUGCUGGAGAACGUCAUGUUUGCUCGCGCAUACAACAGCGAGCAUCAGAUGGAUCUGAUCAACCAGUGCGCUGCCAAGUUUGCCGAAGAGAAGGGUGUCUACCGUCUGCUGAUUGUUGACUCGGUCAUGGCCAUGUUCCGCGUCGAUUUCAGCGGCCGCGGAGAGCUUGCAGAGCGUCAGCAGCGUCUUGGUCAGAUGCUGUCGCGCCUCAUGAAGAUUGCCGAAGAGUUCAACGUCGCCGUGGUGAUCACCAACCAGAUGACCGCUGAUCCCGGAGCGGGCCUCACGUUUGUGCCCGAUCCGAAAAAGCCCAUCGGCGGCAACAUUAUCGCGCAUGCGUCCACCACCCGCCUGUACUUGCGCAAGGGGCGCGCCGAAACUCGCGUGUGCAAAAUCUACGACAGCCCCAACCUGCCCGAGAGCGAGGCCAUGUUUGCCAUCUCUGAAGGCGGCAUCAUUGACGGCAAGGAGUAGUUGUGAGAGUUUCUAUUCCGGCGCGUUCGUCGGCUCAAGUCCUUGCUUGCGAUUUGCGUGAUUUGGAGAUUUCAUUUGUGGUCCCUCCAAUCCUAUCGAGUGUACUGUUGCGUGUGUAUGUGUGUGUGUCAUCAAAAGAUAGUUGUAUUCGAACG